CAGGACAGCUGAUAACGGAUGACCUUUGCGUACGGUACGUUAACAACAGGAUUUAUAGCUGAAUAUGACGAAAGACACACGCGAUGCUCGGAUACCAGUGGACAAGGGUUGGGCUUGGAUUGUGCUGGCUGGGUCGUUGGUCAUAGCCAGCAUCAACACGGGAACAGAGAAAUCCUAUGGAAUCUUUUUCAUAGAGUUCCUCCGGAUGUUCAAAGGCACAGUGUUCAUGACGGUCAUGAUUAAUACUGUGUUGAAUGUAGUGUAUUGUUUCACAGCGACGGCAGUGUUAAUGAUUGGCUUGAAGCGACUAAGCGUUAGGACGUCGGUCUUCCUGGGAAUAACUCUUUGCGCCCUCGGGUAUGGAAUCAGCAGUUUGGCAACUGGACUGGAAUUUCUGAUAGCAUCACAGAGCAUCCUUGUAGGUAUUGGAAUCGCGUUUCACAAUCCACCCAUAUACAUACUUCUCGGUGAAUAUUUUGACAAGAAAAAGGGCCUAGCAAAUGCAGUUUUCAUAUCCGGAAACGCUCUUGGAGGAAUCAUCAUGCCACCGAUAUAUCGGUACGUAUUUGACGAGUAUGGACUGCGCGGGGGUCUUAUUAUCACUGCUGGUAUCACGUUUAAUUCAUUGGUGGCGGCAGCAUUGCUUCGUCCGACAGAAUUUUACACUAAACAUGAUGCAAAGAAUUCCUCUAAUUUGAGUGAAGACGUGGACAAAGACGUUUCUGUGAUGAAUAGCAACACUUGCGAAAGUAAUUCAAGCGAUUGUCAGGAUCAAGAUACUCUAUAUCCCUUAAUUUCGACAAAGGCAGAACAGGCUACGUUGCACCACAAUAUACUAACAGAUGAUACAAGUGAUGCAUUUGAUAGAAUAUCUCAUUCUAGUGUCGUGAGAUAUUUGAGUAAUGGUGAUUUAGUAUCAGCUUCUUUUACUAGUCUGACAGGAAAGACCGAACAACAUAUCGCUGCACCGGACGAGGAAAAUAGCGUUUCAAGUGAAGGCUGCCUGGUUAAAUGUAGAAAUAAAAUAGAUUGUUAUUUGAUGACAAAUAUUCUCUACCUUCUGUUUCUGGCAAUCUACUGUUUCGGAAAUGUAGCUGCUAUGUGUGCUCACAUCUAUGUCCCAACAUACGCCAAGGAUAUUGGCGUUGAUGACCAGCGUAUUGCUAUAAUCGUCUCCAUUACUUGCAUGGCAGACUUCGUCGGGCGAAUUGUUGCUGGAUUUCUGGCAGAUCAAUCGUGGAUAAGUCCGCAACAGAUAUGUAUUCUGGCGCAGGUUGUUGUGGGCGUGGUUCUGCAGUUCACCGAGUAUUACACUUCAUUUUGGCGCUUGCUGGUGUUUGUCGUUAUUUUCGGCUCAACAUCUGGAAUGACCGUCGCCUUGUUCCCUCCAAUUCUGAUAGAGAUCGUCGGAAAGAAGCGUUACCGCAGUGCUAUGGCUUUAUUCAUCGUUUGCAUGUGUCUGUUUGAAGGAACUGCUCUACCCAUAUUAGGUUAUUUUCGUGACGUCACCCACACUUUUCACUUCACAUUCCACGUCAUGGGAGGUUCAUCAUUACUGACAGUUGUGCUUCUUAUCAUAUUUGAGGUCAUCACACGGAAACAGGCACGUAAAAGGAAAGAAUGUGAAACAGAUAAAGACUGAUGUUACCCGUCGUUAAUGCUAUAUAUACAAAUGACGUUUCUUCAAAUGGCUGCUUAGUUGCUAGAUUCUUGCAGAAUUCGUAUUUUCUUACUUUGUUUCAUUGACAUUGUACAAUGGUAGUUGGUUCUGACCUUCAUUCAAGAGAUGGUUACAAUGUUUGGCAGUGACUGUUGGCUAUUCACGGUUCAAUUUCCCAAAAACUAAUAGCUUGUCAAAUGCUAUCAACCUGUUAUUGCAAUAUAUGCUACCUUUAUCAGUUAUAGUUAUAUGAAAUGAUUUUAAUUGAUCA